AUGUCCCUGGAGAUUGCCUGCUUCAAUCUCCCCUCCGCCCUGCUGGCCUGCGCAGCCGGUGCGACGCGCAUCGAGCUCUGCGUCGACCGUCCCCAAGGCGGCACCACCCCGCCGCUCCCUCUUUUCCAGGCGGUGCACUUGCAGAAAGCAGGCCAUGUCAAAGUCAACGUCAUGAUUCGUCCGCGCGGCGGCGAUUUCGUCUAUUCCGCCGAGGAGUUCAGCACGAUGAAAGACGACCUCCGCACCUUCAAAUCCGCGGGCGUCGACGGCUUCGUCUUUGGCGUGCUCCAUCCCUCGUCGGCGGCGAUCGAUAUCCUCCGCAACGCAGAGCUCGUCGCUCUCGCUACUCCGCUGCCCUGUACCUUCCACCGCGCCUUCGACUGCAUCCCUCCCGACGCAAUGCGGGAGGCCCUCGACCAGCUUGUCGGCUGUGGGUUCCGCUCCGUUCUGACUUCGGGCGGGGCGCCGGAUGCCUUUGCUGGCUGUUCUGUUAUUGCUGACCUUGUGGAUGCCGCGCGGGGGAGAAUCGAUGUCAUCGUGGGGGGUGGUGUGCGCGCAAGUAAUGUCGCGCAGCUCGUGGUCGCAACCAGAGCACCAUAUUUUCAUUCCUCGGCCAUUCUAGACGGAGAGGUCGCUUCUGCGGAGGAGGUGAAGAGCUUACGCAGAUUGAUAGACAUAUCGUCCGAUUCUUAA